AUGGAACGUGUUUUGCACAGAAUGAGAGAGACCGAAGGUGUUGACAACGACCGACGGCGAACAGCCAGCAAAAGGCGACACCCCCUACGCCACGAUCGAUGGAUUGAACAAUGUGGAGGCAAGAACGAAGCCAUCUGGAACCCACGGGCCGCGUCAGCCUCGGUAUUUCGCAACGAAAUCGAUGAUGCCGAUCAGCUGACUUGCAGCGACCGCGACGCAGUUCGCCGGCGUUGCGGUCGGUUCAAUGCUACCGCCACGAAUUUAAAGGUCCUUUGCAAGGUUACUCGCUGUAGUACCUACUCCAAUCUUCUCAAGGGAUAUAUCUUUUUGUGUUUGUUAACAAGAUGUAUGGAGUGGGCAUGGUGAAU